AUGGGAGAUAUCAAACCGGAUUCUGUUCCCAUCCUCUCUUCGGCCGCUCAGUAUGCGGACUGGGCUGCCAAGAUGAAGGGCCUUCUCAUGUUCAUGAACUGCUGGGAGGUUGUGUCAGGUUCUGCCACACAGCCUGCUGCUGCUCAAGCGGAUGCCUUGAAGGAGUGGAAGAAGCAAAACGCUCAGGCGUGCGGUCUGCUUUUCAUGCGGACUGGCCCUAGCUUCCACUACCUCCUCGAGACCACAACCCAAGAUCAGACCGACGGUGCAGCCCGUGCCGUCGCUGCCACUCUGACUGCAAAGCAGAUGUGGGAUGCGCUGAAGUCCAAGUUCGGUACCCCGAACUCAGCGCAUGUCUGGGGUCUCUUCGAGUCGCUGAUCAGCGAGUCCCGCAUGUCGGACCAGCGUUCACUUCAGGACCAGAUGAGCCGUGUC